AAUCAAAAGACGAAAACAUAUCAUCUUGUGUAUAGCGACCUUGUGUAUAGCGACAACAUCGUCAACCCGACUCAACUCAACUCAACCAUGCCAGGUACGUUGACCGACUGGAGUUCAGCUGGUCUUGGCGUCUUCCAGUGUUGCGUUCCGAGUCGUUUUUCUCCAUAUUCCAUGACCCCAUAAUUCUUCAAGUUCCUGUACCGGUUGAUUCUUUUGUUUCUGGUGUUGUUGUUGUCGGGUCUUUGUUGCGGUUCAUUUUGGACUUGUCGCGGGCGCACAGUGUCCUUGGAAACUUUUUUUUUUCCUCUUCCCCUCCCCUCCAUUAUCUGUUUCUGAAUCCACCACAAAAAGCAUUCUUUACUUUCCUCCCUCUUCAUCCACCACAAUGAGUAUCGCAAGGCUGUUUCCGCGAUCGAGCUUUUUUCGCUUCUUGACUGGAAUGCGAGAGGUUCAAACUCGCCGGCCAGUGACUCAUACCCCAGCACCUCCCUCGAUUCAUCGCACAUUUUCCACGACACCAGCAUCGCUCUGCUCAGCAGAUGCUAACCAAAACCCAGACCGAUACUUCGCCGCCCUAACCCAGAACAAAGAAUGGGCCGCCAAAACCGCCCGUGAGGAGCCCGACCUCCUCGCCAGCCUCGCGGUCGGCCAGCGCCCCGAGAUCCUCUGGAUCGGCUGCUCCGACUCUCGCUGCCCCGAGACCACCAUCCUGGGCCUGAAGCCCGGCGAUGUCUUUGUCCACCGUAACAUCGCCAACAUCCUGCACGCGGCGGACCUGAGCUCGUCCGCGGUCAUCGAGUACGCCGUCCGUCACCUGCGCGUCAAGCACAUCGUCCUGAGCGGCCACACCAGCUGCGGAGGUGUUGCUGCGGCACUGGGCAACAAGCAGCUCGGUAUCCUCGACCCGUGGUUGGUGCCGCUGCGCCAGAUUCGUGAGCAGAACUUGGACACACUCCAGUCGCUGUCUGCCGACGAGGCCAACACCCUGAUGGGGGAGCUGAAUGUGCGCGAGGGAGUCAAGACGCUCAAGCAGAAGAGCGUUGUCUUGGAAGCGAUUGAGGAGCGGGGAUUGACCAUUCACGGAGUCAUGUAUGAGGUUGGCAGUGGAGUGCUUCGGGAGUUGGACACGAACGACACGCAGGAGCAGCUCAAAGCACGGUUGGUCUCGUACAAGACGGAGGCAUAGGCUGUCAUCGGGGUGUUCUGGUAAUCUGUCAUUUAAGCGUUAGUUUGCAUUUUUAAAGCAUCUCCAGCUGUGGAUUCCCUGGAGUUAGCAAGCCAUUUUGGUAAAUAUCACGAAUAUAUCGCCGUUGUAUAUUUCAUUGUGUCACAACACUUAAGGAGAGCAGAAGUAGAGAAAAGAAGAAGAGAAAAGAGGAAGG